ACCAACAAUGUACCCUGAUCCUCUCUCCUCUCUCGAUUUCCUUUGGUCCUCUUCCCUCACCUUCCACUCUCUCUCCUCUGCAAUCCCCAUUUCAUUCAUCUCUCUACCCAUUUUCUCUCUCUUAGGGUUUUGCAAUCACCUCCGGCGUGCUCCUCGAUUCGGCGUUCGUGUUCCACGGAUCCACCUUCUCCGACUCGGUAUUUGGCUUUAUGGUUGGUUGCAUGGGCUAAGUCUUGAAGGUUCUCAGUGUCACCAGCAUUAUGAAUGGUGCUUGAAAUUCCCUCUGAAGGAGUAACUAUCAAUCUGGUAGUGGUGAAAGCUGAGAAGAUUGGGUGCUGGGAGAACUUUGAAACAAUCCUGGACUCUCUGUUUCUCAACAUUGUCCCGAGUAGGUUGUUGGUUUGAGAAUCAUCAUAUGGUUAUUUUGGGGCCGGCAGGAGUUUCCACACAUCAGUUUGAAAUCUGUGCUUCGUACUUCCAGUUGCUGAGGAGUGAGGGUUUAUGUACUAGAGGAUUUUCUGGUAUCCAUGCUGACAGAGAGCAUGCGUGGAAUUUGUGCUUUGGGUAAUGCCCCAUUUGAAAGAAGUUGGUGAUGCACUAGGUGUGUUGACAAUUUGUCUUGUUGCUCUCUUGGUUCUACUUGGUUUAUUUUGCAUCCUGUAUUUGGUCUACUUCCACGCACGGAUCCGCGGUCAAGGCUAUAACCAACUUGGUUAUUUUAGUGGUCCUUGGAUUAUACGAAUCACAUUUAUACUUUUUGCAAUCUGGUGGGGUAUUGGAGAGGUUCUUAGGUUGAGUCUGUUGAGACGUGACGGACGAUUGUUAAAUGCUCUUAGUUGGAAAUGGCAGGAAACUGUUUGCAAAUGCUACAUUGUUUCGAAUCUGGGGUUUGCGGAACCCUGUCUCUUCCUCAUUGUUGUGUUUCUUCUUCGUGCAUCCUUACAAAAGUCGGUGACCCUGAAUCGGAAAUGGAAUGGCAAAACAGCAGCUUAUGUUCUUCUCUUUUGCAUCCCAGUGUUUGUUCUUCAGCUUAUAGUCAUUUCAAUUGGACCAAAAUUUAACAAGGAGAGUGACGUGCACAAAUUGCCACAUUACUUUACGAGAGCUGCCUCACCUAAAACAAAGGAUGAUGGUGAUAUUGCCCUCUGCACUUACCCUUUACUGAGUACCAUAUGCCUUGGUCUUUUUGCUACCAUUUUGACUUGCUAUUUGUUCUGGCUUGGGCGAAGAAUCCUGCAUUUGGUCAUCAAUAAGGGUUUGCAAAAGAGAGUAUACACAUUAAUCCUUUCCGUUUCAGGUUUUUUACCAUUAAGGGUUGUAUUGCUUGGUUUAUCUGUUCUGUGUACACCAGGAGGAUUAGUCUAUGAAAUUCUUGCUUUCUUGGGGUUUCUUUCCCUUUUAUGUUGUGCGGGGGUUGGCAUAUGCACACUUGUGUACUUUCCUGUUGCCGAUUCUUUAGCUUUGAGGAAACUACAGAGAGAUAUAGAGGCUAGGCAAAGGGUGAGUGAUGAUCAACAUAACGACACCAUUUCUCUAAUUGCUAACCAAAGCCUUCCUGGAGGAAGUAUUGCAACUAGUCCCGGCAGAAACUCAGCAGCUUCAACAAAGCGAGGAUCAAUUUCUUUUCGGACAAUGGAUAAAGAUGACACUUCCGGGGCCUUUGUGGAGCUCAGCCUCUUCUCUCCAAGUCAGCAUUCGAGCCCUCCCGACUCACCUCAACUUCUUGGCUGGCCAAUGCUCCCACCUGCAAAAAGAGUUCCUGUUUCCUGAUAGCUGCAGAGUUAAAAAGAAGAGUCUUGGUGAACCCCAUUUUUGUGGUGAAGAAACUCUGUAAAGAUUUUUAGCUUUUAUAAUAAGUACUGCUCUUUUUUAGUUUUCACUUUUUAAAAAUGUUAUGAUGAUUUGACUGCUGUCCACCUUAUUUUUUUGGUGGAAUUCUUGAUCUAUGAGCUGCUGUAUCUUUUAUGUUUU